AUGUCUCAGGCCGGUUCGGCCCAUCGGCCUGACCAUCUAUACAAAGGAAGGCGAGCUUCACUGCCCCUGAACAUCGUAGUCGUAGGAUGCGGUCUGGGAGGUCUCGCUGCUGCAUACUGCCUCGCACAGGCAGGUCAUAACAUCACCAUCCUUGAAGCAGCGUCAGCCAUCAGUGAGGUGGGCGCUGGCGUUCAAGCCAGUCCCAACGUCUCGCGUCUCUUGAUGCGUUGGGGUCUCGGCCCACAUCUUGAGGAACACGGUGUCAAAAUUCAGGGUAUGAACCUUAAACGAUGGGCCAACGAUGAGGUCGUAGGGUGGACGCCGCUCGGGGAUGUGAUGAAUAAGGAAUACGGUUCCCCUUUUUACUUCUUACACCGGGCUGAUUUACACCGUAUGCUCUAUCAAACCGCUGAGCCAUACUGUAACAUCCGUGUUAAUAGCCGCGUUGUAUCCGUUGACCCAUCGAAACCUAGUGUAACUCUUACUUCUGGGGAGGUCGUAUCUGCUGACCUACUCGUUGGUGCGGACGGAAUCAAAAGUGUUACUCGGGAGUAUGUUGUCGGUGGGCUCGAUAAACCCAGGGCUACUGGAGAUGCUGCCUACAGAGCCAUCAUCCCGGCUGAGAAACUCCUACAGGACGAUGAGCUUAAACCAUUGGUGGAGAGAAUGGAAUCGAACAUAUGGAUGGGCCCCGGAGGUCACAUCAUUGGCUAUGCUAUUCGUGCCAAGAAAGAAUUUAACCUCGUCAUGAUGCACCCUGAUGAAGCUGAAGGGGGCGUGGAAUCAUGGACUGCUGAAGGUAACAUGGACAAAAUGAAGGAGUACUACAAGGGAUGGAGUACUACUGUUCAAAAACUUCUGGCCCUUGUUCCGUCAACGCUCGAUUGGAAGCUGAUGGACCGAGACCCACUGCCUUCGUGGAUUCACAAGGAUGGCAAGUUGGUCUUAUUGGGCGACUCAUGCCACCCAAUGCUGCCGUACCGCGCGCAAGGGUUAGCCAUGGCGAUUGAAGAUGCCGCUGUCCUAGGCAACAUAUUCUCGCAUUGCUCGGACCGCUCGCAGAUAUUGCCUCUCCUCAAUGCCUAUCAAUCUCUCCGGUACGACCGUGCUACCGCAACACAGAAGUCCUCAAGUCUAAACCGGUACAUAUUUCACAAACCCGACGGGCCAGAGCAAGAGGAGCGUGAUCGCGAGAUGCGCGCGGCCAUGGAAGACGCAUUGCGCAUUGCGCGCGGUGAGAAGAGCACGCGUGUACUCGCAGGCAAUGCGAAUCAGUGGGCUGAUAAGACGAAGAGCGACAUCCAAUAUGGAUACGAUGCAGAUGAGGAGGCAGAAAAGUGGUGGCUCGCGAAUGGGAACAGGCUUAUGACCCUCGUUCCUUCAAUUGAAUUCAAGCCAAGUGUUGUGCAUUCUGCAAAUCGCGAUCACUAA